AUGUCGCGCUCCCGCAUACCACCGAUUUUGCGUCCGCGCCUGACGCCCAAAUACGUCGCGUGCUCCAUAGCUGCUGUUUACGUCGUCUACUGCUGGCUGUGGGGAAUGCCUCUAUUGUCUUCAAAGCUCCCUGCCUAUACGGGGCCACAUGCUGUCGGCACCAUCGACAUUGAAAGUCCUUGUGAUGGCCGAAAGACAAGCGACGUGAAGUUCAAGUCAACGGGCCAACCUGCGUUUCUGCUUGAAACAGUCUUGUUCUCUGUUUACUAUCCAGCCGUAAAGGGAGCCAAAUCCAACAAGCCAAAACAUCUCUGGGUGCCAAAACCGCUCUCAAUCACAGCAGAAGGCUAUGCCAAAUUCGCCCACAUCAGCAACUUCCUCACUGACAGUAUCUUUACCGUCGCGCUCUGGGGUCUAGCGGGCAGUACUACCAUUCCAGCGAAUGUUGAUGUCCCUCUAAGAGAAACGGCGCCUAGCUUCGAGUUCACGGAGCAUGGUGAGGGCAAGCCAGAGGCGGGCAGCGAUCGUUUCCCUGUGAUUAUCUUCUCUCACGGUAUGGCCAGUUCUCGCACUGACUACACACACUUUUGCGGUGAGCUUGCCAGUCGAGGAUAUAUCGUUGCUGCGAUUGAGCACAGAGAUGGCAGCGGACCUGGAAGCAUGAUCAUGAAUGUCGAUGGUAGCGAAAGGCCAUUAUACCACUUCGGCCUCCGUGAUUUAGACGUGGAUCAGAGUUUUGGCAUACCCGAGCUCAAGGAAGCACAAUUGACCUUCCGCCAGGCAGAGAUCGAAGAAACGGUUCGGGUCUUGCGAGCCAUCAAUGAUGGCGAUGGCGCCUCUGUAUUCAAGAUGAACCCACGCAAGGAGGGCGAACAUUUGGCCAGCUGGACUGGACAACUUGACAUGACGAACGUCACUAUUUCAGGGCACAGUUACGGCGCUACUGGUGCUGGUCGGGCUUUAAAGGGUGCGCCUUGUCCGGAACGUCCUUUCCACGGUGCAAUCAUUCUUGAUCCUGGCAAGUCGAGUGGUCCCCUGAACUACGACAUCAAUGUGCCAGUCUUGGUCAUCCACUCCAACUCGUGGUCAAAGAAGCACUCUAUUUUCUUUGGUCAGCCUCAUUUCAACGUCGUCAAGGAGAUCGUCCAGAAGGUCAAUCAACGCGGGAAGGCCGGCUGGUUCAUGACUUCAUUAGGCACAUCACAUCCUUCUGUCACAGAUGCUCCUCUUAUCGAACCCACGCUGUUGAGUUGGACGACAGGAUCGACUAUCAACGUGAUCGACGGUGUGAGGAUGUACGUCAACGUUACUGAGGAAUUCAUGCUCUUCCAAAAAGCGAACAGGAGAACGGGGCUGCUCGCUUUAGAUGUCACCCACCCCGAAUACGAUGAAACCUCUAAUGGCACCCAAAAGAUGCCAAAGUGCUAUCAACAUUACUGGCAGAUUCAUGUUGCGCCGGACUCAGCAUAA